AUGGAAUCUAUAUUUACUGGUGGUAUUGAAGCCGGGAAUAGAACAAAAGGUGCUGCCUUUAGUCCCAAAGUUUGGACCAUUUUGGUGACCAAAUUUUGUGAUGAGACCGGUCUAAACUAUGAUAAGGACCAAUUAAAAAGUAGGUGGGAUGUAUUAAAAAUUGAUUGGAGAGUGUGGGAACAAUUGAAUAGUCAUGACACAGGUUUAGGUUGGGAUGCAGUGAAGGGAAAGAUUAAUGCUAGUGAUGAUUGGUGGGAUCGAAAGUUGAAGGAAAUACCCAAAGCUGCAAAAUUUCGACAGAAAGGUCCACAGAAUCUAGAACAACUUGAAAGAAUGUUUAGGGAUGUUGCAGCAACUGGAAUAGCUGACAGAAUCGAGAUUCAAUUUCUAGAAGAGAACAUUAAUAGCGAAGCAGGUAGUAGUUAUGAGUAG